UGCUUUCACCUUUCUUCGGACUUUUUUUUGUCGUCGUCUCUCGAACGCGUCACUCUUUUAGUCAGGUUUCCAUUUCGUUUUCAGUAUUCGUGAUUUUGAAGGUUAACGAGGUAUAAAUAUGUCCGAUUCUGGUAAUCUACAGCUUCCACCAUCAUCGACAGAGGCAAGAGUUGUUGAUGGUUAUGCAGCUGCAGCUACUGAGGUUGGUUGGUACAUUCUUGGUGAAAAUCAGCAGAACUUGGGUCCAUAUACCUUCUCUGAGCUAUGUGACCAUUUCAGGAAUGGUUACUUACUAGAAACUACCCUCGUUUGGGCUGACGGACGAAGCGAAUGGCAACCACUUUCUGCCAUCCCUGAGCUUAUGUCAAGAAUUUCUGUAGCUGAGGUUGGCUAUGCAGCUGUAGGUGCAUCUGGGUUGAGUAAUGGAUCUAAUGCUGGACCCAAGCAAGAGAAGCAAGAUAAUUCUGCCUUUGCUAGUACUGAGGACGAAUUUGAGAAGUGGCAGAGAGAGAUUAAAGAAGCAGAAGUGGAGGCUGAAAUGUUAAAAAAUGGUAUUGAGCUUGUUAAAGAUGAUCAUGAAAGGGCUUCUUCACCACCUGAGGGUGAAGAUGAGUUCACAGAUGAUGAUGGAACAAGAUACAAAUGGGACAAAGCUCGUAGAGUAUGGGUUCCUCAGGACGAUUCAACACUGGGUAGCGUUGACCCGUACGGACUCGAAGAGAUGACCUUUGCUAAGGAAGAUGAAGUAUUUCCAACAAUAAACAUUCUUGACACUUCUGUUGAUAAGAAGGAUGCCUCUAAGGAUGACGUGACUGGUAAGAAAGAAGAAGAUGGCUCUGACGAAACAGCCGAAAUAAACGCUAACGGCAAGAGAAAGCUACCAGAGCCAGAAACUGAAAAGAAGGAACCAAACAAGCCUCCAGAUUCGUGGUUUGAGUUAAAAGUGAACCCACAUAUUUAUGUUACUGGGUUGCCCGAUGAUGUCACCCUUGAGGAAGUAGCUGAAGUUUUUUCUAAAUGCGGCAUAAUUAAGGAGGAUGACACUGGCAAGCCUCGGAUAAAGCUUUACAGUGACAAGGGGACAGGAAAAUUAAAGGGUGAUGCUCUUAUCACGUAUAUGAAGGAGCCCUCAGUGGAUCUGGCAAUUAAAAUCUUAGAUGGGGCUCCAUUACGUCCAGCUGACAAGCUCCUCAUGUCUGUUUCUCGAGCUAAGUUCGAGCAGAAAGGGGAGAGAUUUAUAACUAAGCAAACCGAUAACAAGAAGAAAAAGAAGCUUAAAAAGGUCGAGCAAAAGUUGCUUGGAUGGGGUGGUACAGAUGAUGCUAAGGUCUCAAUACCUGGAACAGUCGUUCUGCGCUACAUGUUCAGUCCAGCUGAGUUGAGGGCUGAUGAGGAUCUGGUUACUGAGUUAGAGGAAGACGUGAAAGAGGAGAGUUUGAAGCAUGGACCGUUUGACUCAGUGAAGGUAUGUGAGCAUCAUCCACAGGGUGUUGUUCUUGUAAGAUUCAAGGAUCGGAGAGAUGCACAGAAAUGUAUAGAAGCAAUGAACGGUCGAUGGUAUGCAAAGAGACAGAUACACGCGAGCAUCGAUGAUGGAUCAGUGAAUCACGCUACAGUUAGAGAUUUUGAUUUGGAAGCCGAACGGUUAGAUCAGUUUGCAGCUGAGCUCGAAGCAGAGUGAAAAAAAAAGCACAAUGAUCUAAAGCCGGGAAAGAUUUAGAUGACUAAAGCUGGGAAACUCAGGUUUGUGAUGUACAUCAGUAGGCAAAGACGCAUCCGUAUCAAGAUCAAAGGCAAAACCAGAGUAUCUAAAAGUAGUAUUACUAUCACCCUGUAGUAGAGAAUUAACGAAUAAGACUGCACCUUGCGUGUACUUUCAUACUCGUUGACUAAAAAACCUUUACAGAAAUUUAAAAAUCAGAAGUUAUAUCAUAUGCUUCACUCUA